AUGGCCGUACCCGUUCUAUCGAGCAUUGCAGGCUUUCUCGGCAUUACAUCGCUACGAGCGACUGGACGAGAUGCAUACAUCAUCAUCACGUUACGCUCUCUGCGCAUGUUCACGUCCGGAAUACCAUCGUUGAUCCUGGCGUUAUUCUUCGCCUCGCUCAAUUUCCAAGACUCUAGGAUUGGUGUGUUCAUGACACUGACACUACUCGGUGAUGUGCUUCUGUCACUGCUGCUGACACUGAUUGCCGACAAGCUGGGCCGAAGAAGGAUACUGUUCGGCGGCAGUAUCAUGAUGGCGUUUUCGGGCGUCGUGUUUGCAUUGUCAGAGAACUUUUGGAUUCUGUUGAUCGCAGCUGUGUUCGGAAUCAUCAGCGUCACCGGCGCAGACUGUGGCCCUUUUCGAGCUGUCGAAGAGAGCAUCUUGAGCGGUCUGACAGACGAAAAGACGAGAAGCGAUGUACUGGCAUGGUAUGUUACGUUCACCACCAUGGCAGGUGCCGUAGGCGCCGAGGUUGCAGGAAGGGUGGUGCAUACUUUGGAAAAGAGACAUGAUGUAGUCAAAGCCUAUCAUGCACUGUUCUGGGCCUAUGCCGCGUUUGGCAUCAUUGGAAGUGUGCUUUGUCUGGGGCUGAGCGAGCGCUGUGAGGCUGCUGGUGAGAGGCGCACGGAGAUGCAAGAGCGAGGCAGAGGUGGCAACGACGGCGAAGAAGAGGAGGUCCUGCUCGAAACCAUGACACCAAGCACCACCGACGGCUUCCAUCAUGAAGAGGGUCGUCCAGCGCGACGGGCAGAUAUAAGGGUUCCACCGCAAAAGAAACAGAGCUAUUUCAGCCAGAUCUCGAAGUCGACUCGCUCCAUCAUGUACAAACUCUGGAUCCUUCUGGCCAUCGACUCGCUGGCAGAUGGUAUGACGCCGUACUCACUGAUGAACUACUACGUUGAGCAGAAGUUCCACGUCUCGAAAGCAACACUAGGCGACAUCACUUCCGCAUCACAGUUCUUGUGCGCCGUCAGUGCUAUAUUCGCAGGACCACUCGCUAAGAGAAUUGGACUCAUCAACACAAUGGUGUUCACACAUCUGCCUUCCUCCAUUGCCAGCGCCUUUAUACCACUACCAAAGACUGUCGGUCCUACAAUUGGGAUCCUGCUUUUCCGAGCAGCGCUCAAUAGCAUGGAUCAAGCUCCUCGCACUGCAUUCAUCGCGGCAGUUGUGAAGCCUGAAGAGCGCACGGGCGCUAUGGGUAUUACAAGCAUGGUAAGGACUCUGGCAAUGAGUGUUGGGCCUUCGAUCACUGGUCUCCUCUCUGGCAACCAUAUGUUCUGGAUUGCUUUCCUUGCCACCGGUACAUGCAGAAUCAUCUACGACUUGGGUUUGUGGGUACUGUUUGUAAAUGUCAAGGUCGGCAACAAGCCAACUGCAAGAGAAGACGAUCUGAGCAGUGUGGAUGACGAAGCUUGGAACGGACUUUUGAGCGACAGCGACAACGACAGCGAUUUUAGUAGCGAGGGCAGAAAGAGUAAAGAUCUCGAACGAACCCAGAACACGGUAUAG